AGCGGGGUGGGGUCGAGGGCGGGAGGAAAACAGUCAGGGUUGCGGAGGCAGGUGCCAGGUCAGCGGGUCCUCGGUGCCUGGCGGAUCCUCCAAUCCUCUAGCUCCCUGGAGGCUUAGCGGACAGCGACUGGGGAUCCCGGGAAGGAGACGGGAGGCAGGGAAGCUAGUGUGGAUCCUGGGCAGCUAGAUUCAGGGAGGAUGCCGUAGGGUCGCUGACCCCGACUCUUGGGGACCCACUUAGCUCCUUGUCUGCUCGAGCUCCGGAAGGAUUGGGAGGAGCCAGCUCAGGCGGGGUUGGGGGCGUCUUCCUCGCGGGCCCUGUGCAGGGGUCUUGUAAUGGAAGUUACACGCAGGGCACAGAGUAUAGGGGAGGGGAAAGAUCCUUCUGGCCUUCGGUGGAGAAGUAGCAUCCUGGGUGCGUGCACAGUCUCCCCGCAGGGGGCACUCAUCAGGGGUCCUCUCCCUGGCUCUGAGGCCCUCGGAUCUGGAAGGAACAAGGCGAAUUGGCUUGUAGUGGCCCCAGCGAGGAGAGGAGGAGGAGGAGCCUCCCCAGACCUCCAGGGGUCGCUGCCGAGCCGCAGCAAAUCCAACUGGUCCUCACGUCUUGGCCAUUCACCUCUGAAACUUAUCCUGAAUCUGGCAGCAUCGGUCCCCCCUCUGUCAUCAUCGCCCUGCUCCAAGCCUCACAUGGCCACGACCACAUCCUCUCCCCUGGCCUCCCUGCCUCCAGUCCUGCCCCAGCCCUCCUCCACAGAAGUCCCCCAUCACUUGCAAAAUAAAGGCCAAAGCCUUAAGUCUGUCAUUCUCUUUCCUCAUUUGCUUCUGGUGUUCUUGUCCACAUUCAUUCUCCCACCUCCAUCAGCCAGGAAAACUCCUACUCAUUCUGUAAGUUAUAGCUCAUUUAACCUUUUCCAAAAAUCUUUUCAGUUUCCUCUUCGGCCCCCCCACUGCACCCUUAGUGCACACGUCCCGGUGGAUGGCAGUCAUUUUCUUUACUUAUGGGUAUCCUCCAUUGGAACAUCUCAAGGACAGGGACCAUCUCCUUUAUCUUUGUGUUCUGAGUUCCAGACCCAGAGCCUGGCACUUAGUAGGUGUGUAAUGCUCAUAAGAUGAGAGGAGGGUGGCUGUGGGAUCCUGCUUCUCUACCUUUGCCUUCUCUUCUCUCACUUCUCAUCCCCUGGAUUAGG